AUGUUUCUCCAACACGCGCACUUUGAGACGGGCACGUACGCGAAGAACGACACCUUCUUGGAGGACGCCGAGUACGCGCGCGCGCUGGACACGCUGGUCAAGGCGUGCGUGGAUGUUUUAUUGACGAACGCCGAGGGUGAGGUGUUGCUCGGACUUCGCGCGCACGAGCCCGCGCGCGGAGAUUGGUGGUACGUCGGUGGGCGCAUGAAGUGCGGGGAGUCGGUGGAGGAGGCUGGGAUCAGGCACGUGAAGCGCGACGUCGGGAUCGAGCUCACGAGGGAUCGGUUCACGUUUGUGACGACGAGCACGAUGAACUGGGCGCGGCGCGUGCAGGCGCCGGCGGAGAACGGGACGUGCGACAUAAACGUCGUGCUCACGGCGGCGUUGACGGAGAGUGAGAUUGAGAGGAUGGUGAUGUGCGAGCAGGAGUACGUAGAGCAGAGGUUUUGGGCGAUUGAGCGCGUGACGGAAUCGAAGGAGGAGUUCCCGGCGCCGAUUCGCGCGAGCACGCGCAGACUCUGGGUGCGACGCGCGGUGGACGAGCUCGAGGAGGCGUGCGAGCGCGGGGCGAGCGAUGCGGAGAUUGCGGAUUUAGCUCGCGCCGCGCACGCACUAUCGCGAAAGGAAUCUUAG